GUUAUAUCCAGAGACCGUUCGGCGAGUUGAUCGUGCAGAGCCGCGACGAUGUCUGGGCUCGUGGGUGUGGUUGGCUCCAACUGCAUCUCCUCCAAGAAGUCCCGCGUGGCGAUGUUAAGACACAGGAAACUCACAGCCAAGGAGAAACUUCUGCUCGCCCAAGGGGGCACGCACACCACCGUGCUCGACGUGCUCACAAAAAAGCUGGUUGCUAAGCUGGAAGAGCUCAUUCCCGUGGAAAACGAGCGACACGACCGCGCGUUUCGGCUCUUCACCAGUACAGACGCCAUCACGCCGCAGAGCUUCCACGCGCUGCUGCUCAAGUUUCGCAUCUCGGCCAACCGCCAGCAAAGUUACGCGUUGUUUCACAAGUACGACGUCGACUGCCGGGGAACGCUGGACCGGACCAAAUUUCUCAACGGUGUCUUUCAGUUUCGUCGAAAAGGAUCGGCUCCGAUACCCACCAUAGUACAGCAACGAUCCUACGACGAGGAUCGGCAGGACGAGCCCCCGACGCCUCCCAAACGAGGAAUCGCCGCAAGACCAAAGCAGCCGCACAACGUCAGGAAUUCGACGUCUGUGAUCAUGUCUGACGUGAUCACUCAUCCACCCAACAGUCACAGCGAGCAGCCUCCGCCGCGACACAAACACUCUACAGUGACGGACCGACUCGCCCACAAACCCAUGCUCACGCACCACCAUCCGGCCCGAGAACAGCACGAGACCCCCCUCGGGGACAACAUUCCGUUCGAAGAAGUGGUCAAGCGGAUACGGGACAAGAUCGACCAGCGCACGUCGAAAGCGUCCGACCGAUUUCGGCAAGCGUUCAAGAUCUUUGCCAAGGCGUCUGGCAUCACCAUGGACGAGUUCCACGAAGGCUUGCUGCAGCUCGGGUUUCGACUGUCCCCAGACCAAAACAAGCAGCUAUUCAACACGUUCGACGUCAACCAGUCGGGCGACUUGGACCUGAACGAGUUUGUCCAAGGCAUUUCGUUGGACGAUUCGUCCAUUAAGUACAUCAACGCCCACGUCCAGCGCCAAAAACGCGAAGAAGCGAGGCGGAAGCGGUAUCAGAUGGCUGUGCAGUCGGUCGAGCGCGCGUGGACGAUCGAAGACAUGGAGCGAAAGCUACGCGAAAAGAUUGAACAGCACACGUCCAAGUCGUCCGAUUGUUUUCGGCAGGCGUUCAAAAUAUUUAAAAAGUCCUGCGGCAUCCGUCGGCAAGAGUUCCACGACGCCCUCGCCGAGCUCGGGCUGGACCUGAAUCGAGAGCACACGGACAAGUUGUUUGCCAAGUACGAUAUUGACGGCAGCGGAGACAUCGACCUGCCCGAGUUUGUGCGCGGCGUGCUCCCAGCAGACUACUCGGGGGGCACGUGGGUAGCCGAAGCGGACGAGAUGCACCGCAUCGAAGCCGAGAGCAAAAAGCUCAACCCAGACUCGCACUUAAACCGCGUGGAAAUCACAAACUGGUCGCUCGACAACAUCCAGUUCAAGCUGCGGGAAAAGAUCACGCAAAAGACCACGCGGUCCUCGGAUACGUUUCGCCAAGUGUACAAAAUCUUUCAAAAGUCGACGGGGAUUACGUUGCUCGAGUUCCGACAAGGGCUGCUCCUGCUCGGCUUUCGCCUAAACGACGCCCAAGCAAACGGAUUGUUCAAUCGCUACGAUUCCGACCACAGCGGCACGAUCGACCUCACCGAGUUCUGUCGCCACGUACUGCCUCCGGAUUACAACGGCGACGGCGACCACUGGGGACACACACAAGACGAGCACAAACAACGGGCCCAAGACGCCAUGACGUACGUAACCAUGACGAAGAAUGGCACAGUGCCGAUGGCCACCCCCCCAAACCCGAUGCGGGAAGGCACGCCGAUGCCAUCGCGCCCAAACUCGGCCCCCCAAGCCCGACCACCCCAUUCGGCCACCAAUGGUGGUCCAUCUCCCCAUCACCGACGGCACUCGAUGAAACUAACCCCUGAGGCCAACGUAUGGUCUGCCGACGCUACUAGCCCUGACAAAGCCACGGCCCAUGCCGCACCUUCGUCUUCUCGACCUGCCACAGCUCGUCCUGCCUCGGCUCGGCCUGCCUCAGCCCGCAGCCGCCAAUCGGCCGAGAAUGACCCCCAGCAUUACCUUCGCCCGAGCUCUGCUCGGUCUUGUAGUAGCAGCAGCAGCGUCUCGUACCGUGCAAACCCGUUUAAGUCGAAACGUCGCCACUUUUUCCACCAUCACAGUCUAUGGCAGCGGAAAGUUAAGUUCCAUCGAGCCCAGCAACAACUCGAGUUACAGAAGCUCCAAAACAACCCCCCCGGUUCUACUACCGCUCCAGCCCCCCCCGCCACACAACCCAACGAGCUCGACGAAUACGAAGAUAUUGCUGUAAUCGAGGACGACGACGAGGACGACGCCGAUGAGGAGGGGGGCAACGCCUUUGAUGACGACGAUUCACCGUACAAGGAACUUCGCACCCCCGCCAAGCCAAAGCCCCGACCUGCAUCAGCCCGCCCAUCGUCCGCCAAAGCCACCAAGCCACCUACAGCUCGGCCUCCGUCCGCCAGCAAAGCACCUGCCAACUCGCGACCCCAAACGUCCGCGUCCACCGCCACCUCGUCGUCGACUGCCUCGAGAACGUCGCAAUCUCCGCGGGCAAGGAGGCAGCAGCAGCAUGGCAGUGACACGACCAGUCAGAGUAGCCACGAAACCACGUCGACCACGGCCGAAGGCGUCCACCCUGCAAAGUUCAAGCCUCGGAUAUACGGUCCAGGUUUCAAAAAGAUGUUUUUACAACUGGCCAAGGAACGGUUGGUGGUGCACGAGCGAUAGCGAUGUUACCAACCCCACUAACGUUACACCAUCUCCACGACGAUGACCAGUACAACGAGAGAACUCAUACUAUAAUUAUUGGACAAACUGGGUCUUUACGAAUUGAGUUGCGUCCACAGCCAGUACACGAUGUGAUUGACAAAAUCUCGCAGCGUCUUGCGCUGUUCUGGGGACAGCAUGCCGUUGGGGGGCGCGUCCCGUCGACAUAUUUCCAUCUGGACGUGCGAAGUCGAGUCGUGCUGGAUGUGAAUCAUGAUGUCUCGAGCCCCCACGCACAUGAGCAGGACAUGCCGAGUGUCCUUGAAAUGGUACUCGCGCAUCGUUUCCU